AUACACACACACUCCUUAAAAACCAUCUCUCUCGUGUAGUUUAUUUUGUCAAUAAAAGUUGAACAAAUGGAGCAUAAGAAGAUUGGUGCAGAGCUGCAAGAUUCGUGCGAUGAUCAACAGAAAUGGGUUCUUGAUUCUUCUCUCGAUAGCAGAGGACGUGUUCCUCUUCGGGCUCGAACUGGCGCUUGGAAGGCUGCACUCUUUAUCAUUGCAAUCGAGUUCAGCGAGAGAUUGAGUUACUUCGGAUUAGCUACAAACUUGGUGGUCUACCUAACAACAAUUCUCCACCAAGAUCUCAAGAUGGCUAUAAGAAAUGUGAACUACUGGUCAGGUGUCACUACUUUGAUGCCUCUCCUUGGAGGCUUUAUAGCCGAUGCUUAUCUUGGCCGUUAUGCUACUGUCUUGGUUGCAACCACCAUUUAUCUUAUGGGUUUGGUCCUUUUAACAAUGUCCUGGUUUAUACCAGGCUUGAAACCUUGUCAUGAAGAUGUGUGCAUUGAACCUAGGAAAGCACACGAAAUAGCCUUUUUCAUUGCCAUUUACUUGAUCUCCAUAGGGACUGGAGGUCAUAAACCUUCCCUUGAAAGCUUUGGUGCUGACCAAUUCGACGAUGAUCAUGUUGAAGAAAGAAAGAUGAAGAUGUCUUUUUUUAACUGGUGGAACGUUAGUCUAUGUGCUGGUAUUCUAACGGCCGUGACUGCUGUUGUCUAUAUCGAAGACCGGGUUGGUUGGGGUGUUGCUGGCAUCAUACUCACUGUAGUCAUGGCUAUAUCACUUAUCAUCUUCCUCAUUGGAAAACCAUUCUAUCGUUACCGGACUCCUUCGGGUAGUCCUUUGACCCCAAUCUUGCAAGUCUUUGUCGCCGCCAUUGCCAAAAGAAAUCUACCUUAUCCUUCUGAUCCUUCUCUGCUUCAUGAAGUUUCCAAGGCUGAGUUUACUAGUAGCCGGCUUCUCUGUCACACACAGCAUCUUAAAUUUCUUGACAAGGCCGCAAUUAUUGAAGACAGCAAUCCUCUGGCCCUCGAGAAACAGAGUCCAUGGAGACUCGUAACAUUGACAAAAGUCGAGGAAACGAAGCUGAUCAUCAACGUGAUUCCCAUAUGGCUCUCCACGUUGGCCUUUGGCAUCUGUGCAACACAAGCUUCGACCUUCUUCAUCAAACAAGCAAUGACUAUGGACAGACACAUCGCUGGCUUCACACUUCCUCCAGCUUCCAUGUUUACACUCACCGCCCUCACAUUGAUAAUCUCACUCACCCUCUAUGAGAAAGUCCUCGUUCCCUUGCUAAGACACAUCACACGGAAUCAAAGAGGCAUCAACAUUCUUCAAAGAAUCGGGACCGGUAUGGUUUUCUCCCUCAUCACCAUGAUCAUUGCAGCUCUAGUUGAGAAACAACGAUUAGACCGUACCAACAACAACAACAAACACAUGAGUGUGAUAUGGCUAGCUCCUCAAUUCAUGGUCAUUGGCUUUGCCGACGCUUUCACACUAGUUGGACUCCAAGAGUACUUUUACCACCAAGUCCCUGACUCCAUGAGAAGCUUAGGUAUAGCGUUUUACUUAAGCGUGAUAGGCGCGGCUAGCUUCCUUAACAAUCUACUGAUCACAGCUAUUGAUACUCUCGCGGAGGAUUUCUCGGGGAAGAGUUGGUUCGGAAAGGACUUGAACAGCAGCCGCUUGGACCGGUUCUACUGGUUUCUUGCUGGUGUUAUCGCUGCCAAUAUAUGUGUCUUUGUGAUUGUGGCAAAGAGAUGUCCUUACAAAAGUGUGCAACCAAGCCAAGGCUCUGCUGAUUCGUCCAUGUCCCUCGCAGUCGGUGUGGCGGUGGAUGGAGCUCAGAGUGCUCUUAACACUGCAACCACUGUUCAUAAUAGCGUCGUGCCUCAGAUUAAGCCUCAGGCGAAGCUAGGCACCUUCCAGAAUCUCCUAGCUGGAGGUAUUGCCGGCGCCUUUAGCAAGACCUGUACCGCUCCUCUUGCUCGCCUCACCAUCUUGUUUCAGUUGCAAGGCAUGCAAUCAGAAGGAGCAGUGUUAAGCCGUCCAAGCUUAUGGCGUGAAGCUUCCCGUAUUAUCAACGAGGAAGGAUAUAGAGCCUUUUGGAAAGGAAAUUUGGUUACUGUAGUACACAGGAUUCCUUAUACUGCAGUAAACUUCUAUGCAUAUGAAAAGUACAAUCAAUUUUUCAAUUCAAAUCCAGUCGUACAGAGUUUUAUAGGAAAUACGAGUGGCAACCCGAUUGUGCACUUUGUUAGUGGUGGCUUGGCUGGAAUUACAGCUGCUACAGCUACCUAUCCCCUUGAUCUUGUCAGGACUCGUCUUGCUGCACAGAGAAAUGCAAUGUAUUACCAGGGUAUUGAGCAUACUUUCCGUACCAUAUGCAGAGAAGAGGGACUUUUGGGUCUAUAUAAAGGACUUGGUGCUACAUUGUUGGGUGUUGGGCCAAGUCUUGCUAUCAAUUUCGCUGCGUAUGAGUCUAUGAAAUCAUUUUGGCAUUCUCAUAGGCCACAUGAUUCGAAUUUGGUUGUUACUCUUGUUUCUGGAGGUCUAGCUGGAGCUGUUUCUUCAACAGCUACAUACCCAUUGGAUCUUGUGAGAAGAAGAAUGCAAGUGGAAGGAGCUGGUGGAAGAGCGCGAGUAUAUAACACGGGACUCUUUGGAACAUUCAAACACAUAUUCAAGUCAGAAGGCAUCAGAGGGUUAUACAGAGGAAUAUUGCCUGAAUAUUACAAAGUGGUUCCUGGCGUUGGCAUCGUCUUCAUGACAUACGAGGCUUUGAGGAGACUCUUAACUUCUCUCCCCAAUUGACAACUCCCACUUAUACUUAGAGGACUUUUAGCUGCUUAUAGAGUUAGUAGAAGAAAGGAACAACAUGUUUAUUUUCAUCUUUUCAAACACUAUGGUAGUAAAUUUUACUUUUCUUA